AUGAAUUUCUUCUCGCGUGCCCGGACAAAUAUCUUAUCCUGGAUGCAUGAAACACCACUUCCAUCUUCAGAUCAAGCAUAUCCCAAAUUUCAGUCGUGGCACCAUUUUGAUCCUGUCCAACAGUGGAUUCCUACUCGCUCAAACAACACAAACGAACCCGCAAAGUCGACGAACAAAGGGGAUCCAUCGGAUCUAGUGCUUCUGACAUGGAACAUUGAUGCAACAUCUUCCCGAAGCCAAGAACGUGCUACAGAAAUUGUAACGUUCAUUACAGGGCUGGAUCCGAAGGUCCAUGUUGUUUUCUUCCACGAGGUCUCUAGGCCAGCCUUACAGCAAAUUUUAAACGACGACCGCAUUCGUGGGUCCUGGUUUUCAAGCGAACGGGAUGAUACUUCAUGGGGAAAACAGUCCUUUGCAACGAUGAUCCUGGUAUCCAAGGCACGUUUUGGGUUAGAUUCUGACUCGGGGAUGAGCAAUGCCACUCUAGGUCCUAUUUGGCGGGUAAAGUAUCCCAGCCACUUUGAUAGGGAUGCACUAUGCUGCGACAUCUUUGCUUUUUCACCUGGAGAAUCUGAGCCUUCUUCUACUACAAGAAUACGGCUUGUCAAUGUUCAUCUGGAUUCUCUACCAAUGAACCCUUCCCAUCGACCUCGGCAAAUCUCUAUUGUCUCUUCCUUUCUUUGCGCCGCGGGCCGUGGGCUAGUAGCUGGCGACUUCAAUCCUGUUCUCAAGGAUGACGCCACUCUUAUUGAAGACAAUGGCCUGAUGGAUGUCUGGACAUCUCUUCACUCCGAGGAUCCUGGUUAUACAUGGGGAGUAGAUGGGGAGCAACCGUUCCCGCCAAAUAGGCUUGAUAAAGUUGCUGCUCUAGGGCUUAGUCCUCACAGUAUCAAAACCUUGAAGCCAAAACGACUCAGCAACUUGGACGAGUCUAAAUCUCAACAGGCUGGACGCACAGAAGAAAUACCCUGGAGUGAUCAUCAUGCCUUGCUUUGCUCCUUCGGACUAUUUGCAAAGUAA